AUGGAGUUUCCUCACAGAAACAUGGAUAAACGGCCAAAGAAACGACCUCGUUUAACAUGGGACAUGCCUCAACCUGUUCCUCCUACAAAGGUCCUUCCAACAAUAUAUUGUGGGCAGGAGUUUGCAAAUGGGACAGUUCCCAAUUAUGCUUAUUCUUCUAUAUAUUACAAGGGGGUGCCCAGCAAUGGUUCUCCUCCUUGGAGGCCGGACGACAAAGACGGCCAUUUCGUUUUUGCUAUUGGAGAGAAUUUAACUCCUCGUU